AUGAAGAAAUUGCGGUCUUUGCGAUGUAUUGAGUCAGAAGGAAGCAUUAUUAGACUUAUUGGAAAUGUGACCCAGCUGACGUCCCUUGCCAUUUCAAAUGCGAAAGAAAGAGACGAGAAGGACCUAUGCGCCUCAAUUCAAGAGAUGAAGGUCCUUUCCCACUUGUAUUUAUCGGUAGCAGAUGGAGAGGAAUUUCUUCGAGUUGAUGCAUUGUCUUCACCGUCAUCCUACCUUGAUAGACUUGACUUGAUAGGCAAACUGGAAAAAAUUCCUAUGUUGGGAAAGAGUUGUGUUUCAGUAGAGGCUGUGAAGCUUAGGUUUUUGGAUUUGAGGAAUCUCUCAUUAUUAAAUAAGAUGACUAUAGAAAAAGGGAGCAAUUUGCAGAGUCCAUACGAGAAGGAGGUAUGCAAGGAUGCUACUCGUUGA